GACGAGCAGGCUUAGCAGCCAUUUGGUUCAUGGCGUCACGAAUUCCGAGAUUACCAGUUCUUCGUCAUCCCCUGCCGCCGCCAUUAUUCACAUUUUUAAACUCGACAUCCCGGCGUUUCUGGAAGACCCGAUCAGUUUUUAUGCAUUCAUCCUCUGAGAUUGAUUCAACUAGGCUAAAGGGUUGCACUGAUAUUGAUCAUGAAGAAUUUCAUAGAUGGGGCAAUGGAGGUGGCUCUUUCCAUAAGUCUUCUAGAAUUGAUCCAACUGCAGUCAUAGAAAUUGGUGCCAUAGUGCAUUCAGAAUCAGUUGUGGCGUCAAACGUUCAUGUUGGUUCAGGUUCAGUCAUUGGACCUUCAGUCACAGUCGGGCAAUCAACAAGAAUAUGGUAUGGUGUCGCACUCACUAACUGCACUGUUGGUGAUUGUUGUGUUCUCCAUAGUGGCGUCUGCAUUGGACAAGAUGGCUUUGGUUUUUUCGUGGAUGAACAAGGAAAUAUGGUGAAGAAGCCUCAAAACCUAAAAGUGACAAUAGGAAACCAUGUGGAGAUUGGGGCAAAUUCAUGCAUUGAUAAAGGCAGUUGGAGGGAUACUGUUAUUGGAGAUCAUUCGAAGAUAGAUAAUUUAGUUCAGAUAGGUCACAAUGUGGUAAUUGGAAAGAACUGCAUACUCUGUGGACAAGUUGGAAUUGCUGGCUCAGUAACCAUAGGCGAUUAUGUAACUAUGGGGGGAAGAGUUGCUAUUCGUGACCAUGUAUGCAUUGCCUCAAAGGUCAGGUUAGCUGCUAACAGCUGUGUUACCAAGGAUAUUAAUGAGCCAGGGAACUAUGGUGGCUUCCCUGCUGUUCCUAUUCAUGAAUGGCGAAGGCAAAUUGCUGCCCAACGACAGUCCCCAAAAUAGAGACUCAUUAUUUGAGAACUCCAAUUGUUUAUAAUGCCAUACCGAGCUGUCGUGUCCAAACCAAUCACGAGACUGGUCUUAUGCGAAAGCCAUCGCAGGUCAGCUCUUACCAGAAAUACCCUUGUAGCAUUAUUAUUCUUGUGGUAAGUCUGAUAGAAGCCUGGUGCGAAACUCUCUGCUACAAUGGCCCCACUGUGUCUGAUAGUGAUGUGGAUGUCGCUGUACUGUAUGCUCAUGCCCUUGUUGGGGUUGAAGAUUUCGAUCCCCAACAGGACAGAAGCAUUCCAUAAAUCACUUGUUUCGUAACGAGCUGUAGAAUUCUCGUUAUCCGAAACAAAAACACGGAGAUCCGCGACCGUGAAGUCUGGAUGUCUUGGGAUUAGACAUCGCCAUAUGAGGAGCGAUAUCAAAGUCCACACGGUGGCAACCUGAAAGCACCACCAGUAGAUCUUACGUUUAUAUCCGUCUUGUUUUCCAGGUGCCAUUUCGGGUUUUGUUGGUUUCAUGAUGUUGCAGAGGAAGUGCAAAACCACCUCAUGAUGGGAGGCCAUUAUCAAAACCACUCUUUACUGUGCAAGUUCUUUCUUUGGUAAGAAGAAAAUAAAUAAUGUCGUCAGUU